AUGACCAUCCUUCUUCAGUCAUCAACAACAUUAUCCCAAUCAAAUCUAUGCAGAUCUUCUUGCGGCAACAUUCCGAUAAGUUACCCUUUUGGUAUCGACGACGGUUGUGGCAGCCCUUAUUACCGACACAUGCUCAUUUGCUCCGACAACAACACAAAGCUCGAACUUAGAACACCCUCAGGUAAAUAUCCAGUUAAAUCUAUAAGCUACUCUGAUCCUCACCUUCUUGUCUCCGAUCCAUUCAUGUGGAACUGUCAAGAUCGAGACAAUUUUCGACCCACGAGAUCUUUCAGUAUCGACUCAAGCACACACUUCACUGUCUCCCUUCAGAACGACUACUUGUUCUUCAACUGCAACGCCGAGAAAGUGAUCGUCGAGCCAAAACCGCUCUUUUGUGAGAGGUUUCCGGAUAGAUGUGACUCGUCUUGUGAUAGCUCGAGCUACCUAUGCAGGCAUUUGCCCGAGUGUGGAUCAGCUUUAGGGUCUAGGGUUUCUUGUUGCUCUUAUUACCCUAAAGCGACUCAGUCUCUUAGGCUGAUGCUACAGAACUGCGCGACAUAUACAAGCGUGUAUUGGAGGAGUACAGGUGCGGGGAAUGCACCGUAUGAUCAGUUUCCAGAGUACGGGAUUAGGGUUGAUUACGAAUUCCCGGUGACUAUGAAGUGCCUUCUUUGUCAAGAAACAACUAAAGGUGGUGGAAUUUGUGGAUUUGAUACGAGGACGCAGAAAUUCUCGUGUCUUUGCAAACAAGGCAACGUCACUACUUAUUGUAAAGAUCCUAACCUCGUAAAGCAUAAACGUGUUGGAGCAGUCGCAGGAACGGUAACGGCGGUUUCAGCAGCCGGAGCGAUUGGCGUUGCGGGUGGAGUCUUUUGGUACUUGAGGAAAGUGAAAGCCAAAGCUCCGGUCACUUGUGGAGUUCAAAGCAAUGAAAACAGAAUCUUCUAA